GUCUCUUCCUUGUAACUUGAGGAUGCAAAUGGCUCCUCAUCUCCAAAUCAUGCCCCCCAUGAUAGGAGAGACCCUCGUGCUAUAUUUAGACCACUUGUGGCCAGACAGACUUAGCGGACACCGUCAUUGGCCAGCUGCCCUGUCACUCACUGUAACAAGCGAGUAGAGGUGCUUUAACAGUUUACAUUAGAGACUGUACCCUGUGCCAAAUUUAACCACAGAGGGGAGCGGGGUGUUUGAGGGAGGGCAGGCCGGACAUGGUUCAGAGUGGGUCCAGCAGGUUAUGUGUGUGUUGUGGUCAGUGGGAGACCCCGAGGCCUGGAUCCUGAUUCCUGCCUUCGCUGUAUUUGGAAACGGAAGACUGAGUCGGUGGGUUUGUCGGUGUGGAACAGAGGUUGUGGCCGGCAGAAGUCCACUUUUCCUGUCCAUUCAAGGGCAUUGCUGGGGGCCCAAAGAUCAGCUUUGCACUGAGGCCUGUCGGCGAAGCAGGCGGCCUCAUGGACCCUCGAAGACGCGUAGGGCUUCACUGCAUGGGAUGCAUAAGCUGACAAGUCACAGAUCUGAGCUCACACAGCCAUGGGGGACUGGAACCUGCUGGGAAAGCUGCUAGAAAAAGCCCAGGAGCACUCCACUGUGGUGGGGAAGGUGUGGCUCACCGUCCUGUUCAUCUUCCGCAUCCUGAUCCUGAGUGCCGCCACAGAGAAGGUGUGGAGCGACGAGCUCUCGGGCUUCACCUGCGACACCAAGCAGCCGGGUUGUGAGAACGUGUGCUACGACAUCACUUUCCCCAUCUCCCACGUCCGCUUUUGGGUGCUGCAGAUCAUCUUUGUGUCCACGCCUACGUUGAUCUACCUGGGACACAUCGUCCACCUGGUGCGGAUGGAGGAGAAGCACAAAGAGAGGGACGAGCAGAGGGAACUCGCAAACCAUUCAGACAAGCAGGCCCUUGUUGUGGAUGCUAAGCACAAGAAGCCUCUGGUGAGGAACCAGAAGGGUCGAGUGCGCCUGCAGGGGGAGCUCUUGCGCACAUAUGUGUUUAAUGUGGUCUUUAAAACCCUGUUUGAGGUGGGUUUCAUCGUGGCUCAGUAUCUCCUGUACGGCUUUCAGCUGAAGCCCAUGUACACAUGUGACAGGCUGCCCUGCCCCAAUGUGGUAAACUGCUACAUAUCACGUCCCACGGAGAAAACCAUCUUCAUCAUCUUCAUGCUGGGAGUUGCUAGCGUGUCUCUGCUCCUCAACCUUGUAGAGAUCUACCACCUGGGCUUCACCAAGUGUCGCCAGGGCAUCACCUUCAGGAGACGUAAUCGGUCCCCUGUGAGUCUCCCCAAGGAGCCCAAAGAGGCUGCGGUGCCAUAUGCGCCGUGUUACGAAGACUACUUCCACCAAGUCCAGCCAGCAUACCCGCCUGUACCGAGCUACAACCUCUCCCCUCUGUCUGAAGGCACAGACUCGUCCUGCCACCCCUACCACACCAAGGCGGCCUACAAACAGAAUAAGGACAACUUGGCGGUGGAAAGGAGCAGCAGCAAGCCAGAGGAAUGUGACCUAAAAGGAAAGAAAGGAGCGGGAUCAGCCCCUGGUUCACCUACGCAGGCCAGGCCCGGCCGCAGUGCCAAACACAGCAACAACAAGACUAGAAUAGAUGAUCUGCAGAUAUAAGGGGGUUUAUGUUUCGGUGAGGGUGUCUUAAAAUGCUGUGAGGGGAUCAUAUGUUGUUUGGAAGCAUUCGUACAUGCGGAACUGACUCCCCUCUUUAAGAUGGCACACGUUUGACUCAUUCCAACUCAGAGGGGAGUGACAUUCAACAGAGAAGCUGCAGGUCUACAGUAAGACUGUAGGUCUAAUCAAAUAUCGAAUGAGCUCAGACCUCUUGAAGGAGGUUCUGCUCCACUGAGAAGUGUCCCGUAGCUGGCUGUUCUUUUGAAAAGCUUAAUUGGAUUUCACAUUAGACAGUAGCAUUAAUGAUAUGCGGUACACAUUUUGUGACAACACCAUAUUUCUCAGUCAGUGUCUCCACUAUUCACUAUUGUCACAGAAAAUAAAAACAAAUUCAACAGAAAGAUACAGUCUGCUCAGGUUUUAUAUGAAUGUGAAUGAACCUGCACUUCUGCGUAUAAAGUUGUCCGAACUUUGGAAAUAGAAUCCAGGACAGAAACUUCUUCAGCUCUGGCUUGACCUCAUUUGAGGGAAUCAGAUAGUUAAAUUUAACUUCCCUUAACUGUUUUGAGCAUAGUUCACUUGCUUAGACUUGAAGUGGAAAGUUGUGCAAUACCUGACAACACAUUGGACACUAGGAUCUGGUGUACCUAAUUCCAGGAGACGUCUCAAAACACAUUGCACUGCUCUCCGGAGUUCUGCCUCUUUUUAUUGCGACAGCCAUGCAAGUACAUAAUUCUAAGCACAUUGUGUUCAUCCUUGUUUGUAUCUGUGCUUGUGCCGUUUGUUUUUCUGUCAAGCACUUGGUGACAACCAUAUUUGUAAAACUGCCUGAAAUAAAUCUGUCUUAAAUUUGCAAAGUAAACAGUGUGUUUAUAAUAACUUCAUCAGGAAAAUGGCGGAUCAUCUCACUGGGACUCAUGUUGCCACUGUUAUUCAUAUUUCUCAAAAACAAGAUCACCUCAGGAGUAGAAACAAUGACAUAGGUAAUAUUUAGGUUCAGUAGCUACAACAUGUA